GACGUACUAAUGAACGCGCCACCACGAGCUUGCUGUAUUUUGGUUUUGGGGAAGGCUACCUGGAUAGGAUAGGAAAUUCGCGUUUAAAAUGACAGCGGCCAUUGUGGAAGCUCUCUGUAUCUUGACGAAACCUGCUGGAGAUUCACAUGUGAACAGUGCUCAGUCAUCCCAGCAGGGGGCACUGUUGCAUGCACUGCAGUCAAACCUGGAGCAGCUGGAGGCUCGCCUGCUGGCGGAACCGGGGCUGGUGGAGGCGCGUGCUCUGCGGGAUGAGGUUCGGCUUGCGGUGGCGUGGUACCAGGAGACACAGGAGCUCACCUGGAGGUUCACACAGGAGUGUCUGCUCCUGCUGCUCGGUCUGGCCCGCCACCUCUCCCGCCUGCUGGAGGCUUUCCAUCCUGCCGUGGCCCCUCCCGGGCCCUGCCUCCCAGAGAUGGCUCCGCCCCUCCCCCCGGACGUUCUCAGUGUGAGCCAGCAGAAGACCGUGGGGGCGGUGCUGCAGUUUGUGGUCACCCUGGGCCUUUGCCCCUACCUGGCCCCUGGGGUGGGUCUGGCUCUGGGGCGUAGGUUGGCGUUUGGGGCGGCUGUGGAGGGGGCGGUGCUCGGGGGCGGGGCCUCUGACCGUGACAGGAGGCUCCUGACCACCACGUGCUCGCUGCUGGAGCUGGCUGAGCUGCCGUCCCUCGCCACGCUGAUCUUCACGCGACAUCUGGGAGAUGUCAUGGCGGGCCUCUGCCAGUUGGGGUACCGUCCGCACCGGCCAGAGGGGGCCAACACUGAGAGCGACAAGGGCAUCAGCAUGGAAGAGCGCCUGAACUGCAGGAAAGCGCUGCAGGGCAUUCUGGGAAAAGUGUACCAGCCAAUUGUCAUUAAGGAGCUCCUGAUUCUCCAAGGGGGUCCCAAGCAGGCCCCUCCCACAGGCCGUGGGGGAGGCGGUCCCCGUCAGCCCCUGGCCCAGGCCCUGCCCUGGCUGCGGCGGCUGUGCGGUCAGCUCCUGUCUGAGAGGCUGAUGCAGCCCAGCGGAGUGCAGGCCGUGGUGAGAGCCGUGCUGGAGGGAGCUGGAGGAGGGGGUGCUGGCUCGGGGCCGGCCUCGUCGGACUGGAGGAAGUGUGACAUGGUGGCCAGGGUCCUGGCGGCCUGUCCCCAGCAGGCCCUCUCUGUGGAGGAGUACUACAGCCAGGUGUGCCCACAGGUGUUGGAACUGCUGCACUUCCCAGACAAGCUGACAGCCCUGCAGUUUCAGCGAGUGGCCACAAGGGCGGCGCUUACCAUGCUCCAGGAGCGCCCAGAGCUUGCCCAGCAGCACCUGCUUACCCCCCUACUGGCCCCCCUCGCCCACUGUGGGGUCCCAACAGAGGGUCUCCAGGUCCCUGAGUCUGUGCCAGAGUGGGAACUUACUCGCUGCAUCGAAGAUGUGUACAAGGUUUGGGUGGUUGGUAACAGUCCUUGUCCUGCGCUGCUGAAGGCUCUGGGAGAGACCGUUCCUGUCCUUUUCUCUCUGUACUGUUUCACAAAGCAGAGUGUCUGUCAUUUACGUGCCCCCUGUGAGGAGAUCCUGCAGUGGUACUUCUCCCACUCAGAGCCACCGGAAGCCCUGAGUGCACUGAAGCAGCUGUGCAAUCUCCAAACACGCGUGGGUGGGGUCGUGCCCGGAUUCCAGUUCGCUCCUGGCAGUGAGGGAGGAGCCAGGCUAAUACCCAGAGAGCAAAUCAGUGAUGAAGAUGAGGCUCUGUAUGAAAAGGUAUCAGGAGAGCAGUGGAGAGUGGAGUGUUUGGUUCAACUGCUAGCUGAGAUGAAAGACAAGGACCUGCCUGGAGACUUCUUCCUGGAGCUACUUGAGGAGCUGACUGGCUGGGCUGCAGAGGAGGAAGUGGAGGAGGAACAGGAAGUGGACACGUCGGCCAUGACGCUCCUGGAGCUGGAGGAGCACCUGCUGCGGUGUGCGGAGGGGCGGAGCCGCAGGCUGGCCCUGCUGCAGGUGCUGGCGGCAGUGUGCGAGGGCCUUUCCCACACCCUGCUGCUGCGCAAGCCCACGCAGGUGGUGGGGUUCGUGGUGUCCCUGCUGGAGAGGGCCUGUGUGGCUCUGGCCCGAGGCUCUGACAGCCCUGUGGAAUCUCAGACUCUCAGCAUGGCCAUGGGCCUGCUGGCCACCAUGCUGACGGGAGACAUGCAGCUAAACGCACAGGACUACGCCUCCAUGUCGCUGCUGCUGCCUCCUCUGGACUUCAUUUCCCAGAAGCACCCGGAGAUAGUCAUCCAGGAGCUGGCCUCCGAUUUGCGUGCAGCCAUAGCAACACAUGGGGCGUUCUGCCCUGACACUGUGGCCCAGGCAUCCCAUGCCCGCAUCUCCCAGAAGACCCGCAGCACUGCCACAUCCCAGGUCUCAUGCAACAAGGACACAGCCACUCCGCAACUCGCACAAGACACGCCCAUGUCCCCAAUCACACGCAACACGCCUACUCCCCAAACUUCACGUACCACGGUCACUCCACAAAUCACACGCGACACGCCUACUCCCCAAACUUCACGUACCACGGUCACUCCACAAAUCACACGCGACACAUCAGCUCCCCAAACUUCCCACAAUGCACCUGGCACAGAUCUCCGGACGGCGGGCGCGUCUGCUGGAGAGAACGAAAGUUCGUCACCGUCCGGGACGGUGCGGAGUCCCGUCGGUGCGGGAUGUCAUGUGACCGGGGCGGCGGGAGGGGCAGGGGGCAGGGUCAGCGGGGGCCCUCCCCCUGCCCCGCCCGCCAGCGGGGCGUUCUCUGAGUGUCUGCUGGAGGCCUGCGACCCGGACGUCCCCACGCGGGCCGUGGCCCUGCGGAGCUUAACCAGAGCCCUGCAGGAGAGGAGACCAGAGGCCCUGCAGGCCCAGGACAGAGUGCUGACUCUGUUUUUGGAGAAUCUAAACCAUGAGGACUCGUUUGUGUAUCUUUCAGCUAUUCAGGGUCUGGCAGUGCUGGCAGACUCUUCCCCCGAGACGGUCCUGCAGAGGCUGCUGGAGGAGUUUCAGGGCGGAGCCACAGGCCCCUCCCCCGGGGGGCGUUUGCUUGAGACGCGUCUGAAAGCGGGCGAGGUGCUAAUGAGGGCGAGCAGGGCGCUGGGUGACCUGGCUCCCCACCAUGGCCGGCCCCUGAUUGGUGUGUUCCUGCGGGGUGUGAGGGAUGUGGACCCCACUAUCAGGGCUAGCAGUCUGUCUAACCUGGGAGAACUCUGCCAGAGAUUGAACUUCUCCCUGGGUCCCCUCACACAGGAGCUGAACUCGUGUCUGACGGCUCUGGUAAAGACAGAGAGGGAGGUUGAGGUGCGCAGGGCCGCGGUGCACGUCAUCGCCCUCCUGCUGAGGGGCCUGAGCGACAAAACCACACAGGUCCUGGGCGAUGUUCUUCUGGAUCUUUACCGAGCACUGAAGUGGGUGGUGCGGAUGGAUCGUGAUGAUGUCACCGUGCUCCACGCCCAGCUGGCCCUGGAAGAGCUGGAUGACGUCAUGAAGAAAUUUCUCUUCCCCGCGCAGAAACUGGAGAAGAAGAUCGUAGUGCUGCCUUGAUGCUCUAAUCAAAUACAGUCAGAGAGGAGGGACUUUCUACACACAGGCUCUCUAAAUAUGGUCAGAAAGGAGUGACGUCUGCAUACUCGUAUAUGGGCAGAUAGUAAGAGCAUCUGUGUAUAGACUCACAAAAUCUGCUCCAAUAGGAGAGACUUCUGGUUCGACACACCAUAUAUGGCUGGAGUGGAAGCACUUCUAGUUUGAUACCCACCAAAAUUAGACAGGUGCUUGGACAUCAAAAUGUCGUGUGGGCGUAGUCUGAAUGAUGGUUAUUUUAUGGUGAGAUCUUACCAUAUCUUACAGAAGGCUGAAUUGCCACCCCCCCCCCACCCCACCACACCACUUUCUAAAAUAUACCAGUUGCUCCUCAAGAGUCACUGCAGCGUCACUCAAACCCAUAGAAGAAGCUGUGGAACUAACUGCAGCUGUCAUUUAUGAGUUGUGUGUGUGUGUGUGUGUGUGUGUGUGUUUAAAUAUAAUGAAAAUGUGUGAAUGGAGUUCAUACUCAAAGCCUCAUGCCAAAGACGAAGACUGUUGGCUCCAUCCUCGGGCCUCAGCUGUGCCAGUGUUACUCCAAUUCUCUGCCAUAUUACACAACCCCAGUGUAAACACCACGCUCCCCUUGAAGAAUGGCAACUAACUUGCAUAUUUUUGAAGUCAGGUUGCCUGUAAUAACCCCGCCCUUGACUUUACUACCACUUUACUACUGUCCAGAUGAGGACCAAGGGGAUUCGAAAAGUCAAAAGCCCAUAAUGCUGGUAAAGAUAUAGACUACUGAUGUUGCAAUAAAUGAAAUCUUUUAUUUCUGCACACA